UGUGGUUUUCGGUCUAGAGCACUUGAGCUUCCGUGGUCUCGAAUAGGGUGGAACUAUCUUGACAGCCCAGGCUCCAGACUUUGGUUGUGGUUGUGACAGCGCAGUGGGCGGGAUUUUACCUCAGAUCAGGGGAGACAGUCUAGUCUUCAGUGAGACUGAGGGGGAGUUAAAUGGAGAAAGGGACUUGGGGUGUUCUUCAGAGAACGGGAUCUACAUGCAUGGUGACCGCUGGCUCUGUGUGUGAUCCUCAGUCACCAUGAAAGACUAGGAACUCAGCUCUCCAAGGGAAAUGGCUUGUUUUAUAAUCCCUGCCCUGCUACCUGAUGUAUGACUCCAGCUGCCUGUGAGGGGCCUGUCAGCUGUUUAUGGGAACUACCACUGUGUUUGCACUCUUGAGGAUUUAAGCUUUUCCAGGACAACACUUCUUCAUUUUUUUUUUUUCCCCCCUCACUGUCUGGCUGAAGCAUCAACGCUUUGCACUAGAGCAGGGAGGCAACGAGACAAUGGCAAACAACUCGUACAGUGGGGUGAAGAACUCCUUGGUUGAGGCCAACCACGAUGGAGAAUUUGGCUGCACGCUCAAAGAACUGCGCUCCCUUAUGGAACUGAGAGGCGCUGAAGCAAUAGGAAAAAUUGGGGAAUCUUAUGGGGAUAUUCAAGGACUCUGCAAUCGAUUAAAAACAUCACCUAUAGAUGGUUUAAGUGGACAGCCUGUAGACAUCGAGAAGCGGAAAACGGUGUUUGGGCAAAAUUUUAUACCACCCAAAAAGCCCAAGACUUUCUUACAGUUAGUGUGGGAGGCGCUACAGGAUGUCACACUGAUUAUCCUAGAAGUGGCAGCCGUAGUUUCACUAGGCCUUUCUUUUUAUCAACCUCCAGAUGCCGAAAGAGAACACUGUGGAAGGGCUGCUGGUGGCGCGGAGGACGAAAACGAGUCAGAGGCAAGCUGGAUUGAAGGCGCCGCUAUUCUCCUGUCAGUUGUAUGUGUGGUGCUGGUGACAGCGUUCAAUGACUGGAGUAAAGAGAAGCAGUUUAGGGGCCUUCAGAACCGCAUUGAGCAGGAACAGAAAUUUACUGUUGUCCGCGGAGGGCAAGUUAUCCAAAUUCCUGUGGCUGAUAUUGUGGUUGGCGACAUUGCACAAGUAAAAUAUGGUGAUCUUUUGCCUGCUGAUGGAGUCCUCAUCCAAGGCAAUGACCUGAAGAUCGAUGAAAGCUCGCUCACAGGGGAGUCGGACCAUGUCAAGAAAACACAAGAAAAAGAUCCAAUGCUGUUAUCAGGCACCCAUGUAAUGGAGGGCUCAGGGAAAGUGGUGGUCACUGCUGUGGGUGUCAACUCUCAAACUGGAAUUAUCUUCACUUUACUCGGGGGUGGUGAGGAUGAUGACGAAGAAGAAGAGGAAAAGAAAAAAGAAAAGGAGGAAAAGAAGAAACAGAGAAAAAACAAGAAGCAGGAUGGAUCUGUGGAAAAUCGUAAGAAAGCUAAAGCUCAGGAUGGUGCUGCAAUGGAAAUGCAGCCUCUGAACAGUGAUGAGGGAGCUGAUGCAGAAGAGAAGAAAAAAGCCAACUUGCCAAAGAAAGAGAAGUCUGUUCUUCAGGGCAAACUGACCAAACUAGCUGUACAGAUUGGCAAAGCAGGACUGGUCAUGUCAGCCAUCACUGUUAUUAUCCUGGUGGUGCUGUUUGUAGUAGACACCUUCUGGAUCCAGAAUCUGCCCUGGGUCCAGGACUGCACACCUAUUUACAUUCAGUUAUUUGUGAAAUUCUUCAUCAUUGGUGUCACUGUUCUGGUGGUAGCUGUUCCCGAAGGCCUGCCACUUGCUGUAACAAUCUCUCUGGCAUACUCCGUUAAGAAAAUGAUGAAAGACAACAAUCUAGUGCGUCACUUGGAUGCCUGUGAGACUAUGGGGAAUGCUACUGCCAUCUGCUCUGACAAGACUGGUACUCUGACCAUGAACCGCAUGACUGUGGUGCAGGCCUACAUUGCUGAAAAGCACUAUAAGAAAGUCCCUGAACCUGAGAACAUCCCCUCAUCUACUUUAGACAUCCUGAUUCUGGGCAUUGCAGUCAACUGCGCCUACACCACCAAGAUCAUGCCUCCAGAGAAAGAAGGAGGCCUGCCACGGCAGGUGGGUAACAAGACCGAAUGUGCCUUGCUCGGAUUUUCCAAUGACCUGAAGCGUGACUACCAGAUGAUCCGCAGCGAGAUCCCUGAAGAGAAACUAUACAAAGUCUACACCUUCAACUCAGUCCGCAAGUCAAUGAGCACUGUGUUGAAGAUGGCUGAUGGAAGCUACCGUAUGUUCAGCAAAGGGGCCUCAGAAAUCCUCUUAAAAAAGUGCUAUAAAAUCCUGACAGCAAAUGGUGAGCCCAAGGUGUUUCGCCCACGGGACAGAGAUGACAUGGUUAAGAAAGUGAUUGAGCCUAUGGCCUCAGAGGGCCUGAGGACCAUCUGCCUUGGAUACAGAGACUUCCCUGCUUCUGACGGUGAGCCUGACUGGGACAAUGAAAACGAUAUCCUCAGUGGACUGACGUGCAUCUGCGUGGUGGGAAUUGAAGACCCUGUGAGGCCUGAGGUCCCAGAUGCCAUCAGGAAAUGCCAGCGUGCAGGCAUCAUAGUGCGGAUGGUGACUGGGGACAACAUAAACACAGGUCGAGCCAUUGCCGCAAAAUGUGGCAUCUUACAACCUGGAGAUGACUUCCUCUGCCUUGAGGGCAAAGAGUUCAACCGAAGGAUACGCAACGAAAAAGGAGAGAUUGAACAAGAACGCAUUGACAAGAUUUGGCCCAAACUACGAGUAUUGGCUCGCUCCUCCCCCACUGACAAACACACCCUUGUGAAAGGCAUCAUCGACAGCACAGUGGCAGAACAGAGACAAGUAGUAGCAGUCACAGGAGAUGGUACAAAUGAUGGUCCUGCCUUGAAGAAAGCUGAUGUUGGCUUUGCCAUGGGUCUUGCUGGUACAGAUGUUGCCAAGGAGGCAUCUGACAUCAUUCUGACUGAUGACAACUUUUCCAGCAUUGUCAAAGCCGUCAUGUGGGGUCGCAACGUCUAUGACAGCAUCUCCAAGUUUCUCCAGUUUCAGCUAACUGUUAAUGUGGUGGCUGUCAUCGUAGCAUUUACAGGAGCCUGCAUCACACAGGACUCUCCACUGAAAGCAGUACAGAUGUUAUGGGUCAACCUGAUCAUGGAUACCUUUGCUUCACUAGCCCUGGCCACAGAGCCCCCCACAGAAGCCCUGCUGCUAAGGAAGCCAUAUGGCCGCAACAAGCCUCUCAUUUCUCGAACCAUGAUGAAGAACAUCCUGGGUCAGGGAGUGUACCAGCUAACCAUCAUCUUUACUCUGCUCUUUGCUGGGGAGAAAAUGUUUGAUGUUGACAGCGGCAGAAAUGCACCGCUCCAUGCCCCACCUUCUGAACACUACACCAUUGUCUUCAAUACCUUUGUAAUGAUGCAGCUUUUCAACGAGAUCAAUGCGCGCAAGAUCCAUGGUGAAAGGAAUGUCUUUGAUGGCAUCUUCAAAAACCCUAUCUUCUGUAGUAUUGUUUUUGGUACCUUCAUUGUCCAGAUUGUCAUAGUGCAGCUUGGAGGAAAGCCAUUCAGCUGUGUUGCUUUGAGCAUUGAGCAGUGGCUGUGGUGCACUUUCUUAGGCUUUGGCUCUCUACUAUGGGGACAGGUAAUCUCUUCGAUACCCACCAGCCGCUUAAAAUUCUUGAAAACAGCGGGCCAUGGCACACAGAAGGAGGAGAUCCCAGAUGAGGAACUGGAGGAGCUGGAAGAUAUGGAUGAGAUCGACCAUGCUGAGCGGGAGCUUCGUCGCGGCCAGAUCCUUUGGUUCCGAGGCCUUAAUCGCAUCCAGACUCAGAUGGAUGUAGUGAGUGCGUUCCAGAGUGGAACUUCCUUUCAGGGGGCUCUAAGGCGGCAGGCCUCCAACUCCAGCCAACAACAGCACGAUAUCCGGGUGGUGAAUGCAUUCCGCAGCUCCAUCUCCCUCUAUGAGGGGCUGGAGAAGCCCGAGUCGCGAUCAUCUAUCCACAACUUCAUGACCCACCCCGAAUUUCGGAUAGAGGACUCUGAGCCCCAUAUUCCCCUCAUAGAUGACACCGACGCAGAGGACGAUGCUCCCACCAAGCGCAACUCCACUAGCCCCCGCAACACCACACCCACACCACCCUCUCCCUCGCCCACCACCACUGCUGCCCCGACCACACCCGUCUCCCCCUCCCCAAAUCAGAACAAUAACGCUGUAGAGAGCAGUAACCACCUCCUCCCAGAGGGCCCAAAAUCAGGAAUCUCCUCGGCCCCAGCGAGCCCCCUACACAGCCUGGAGACCUCCCUUUGAUUUGACCCUGCUCCACAAGUCCCCACCACUUUUCUACCCGCCGCUGAGGAGCUCAGUUCAGAUGAUGUGAACAAACUCUUGGAGAGAAGAGAUGAACAGCUAGGAGGAGAGCGGAGUCUUGUGUGAGCUUGGCUUGGGCUGGACUGAAGGACAGCAGACAUUCAGAGGAAUGUAUGGCUUGGUGUGGAUAUUUUGGUCUUCUUUUAGUUUUGGUUGUUACUAAUACCCCGCUGCGACACAAGGACUCUGUUUCCACCCCUCCCUUCUUGGUAAGUUUUGUUUUUCUCAGUAAACAAGGGGUGAUUAUAAAGUGAGAUCGAAAGUGACCUAUUAUUAUUAUUAUUUGAAUUGAGAAGGGGGGGUCGUCCUCCUGGCUUGAAGAUCAUCUGUAAGAAUUAUGAUAGAACCUUUAGCUUCUCUUUUAUCUGAAUGGUGUUGUAUAUUUAUCUCUUUGGCCCUUGCUCAUUCAAAACUUAUUUUUGCUCCAUUGGCUGUUAAUAUUUUGAGUUAUUUAUGUUUUUGGAAAAAGCAGGUCUGUUUACAAAGUUUGUAGAUACUUUUUUUUCUGUUUGUAGGCAAAAGAGCUUCCUGAUAUAUGAUGCAGAAAAGUGGGACAGAGUUAAAAAUGGAUGAGGACUAUUUCAGAUACUGCUGUAUUUUCAGGAAAAAAGGGUGUUUCUAUUGAAACUUAACUAUUUUUGCCUGCAAGUUUUAUUUGUUAUAUAUUUGUAGAUAAUUAUAGAGCCUUCUAGCCAAAUGGUUAAACACUAAGGCUUGUAUAGAAAAAGAGGUCCAUGGGGUGAAGUGUUUUUCACAGGAGACUGGGUGGGAAAACACAAUUUAGGGCCUCUGUCCACUAACAUAGUUAUAAAUAUUUACUUCUUCCAUUUCUUCAAUAGUUUUCAUGUGCACAAAACCUUCUGGAGUUUCUGGAAUCUUUUAUCAUCCAUUUUGUUAUGUUCAAGGAUUUCCCCUUGUAGAAAGGUUCACUCAUUAAAAGGGAUUUUUGAAAAUAUCUGGGCCUGUAUUUAGCAAGCAUCUCAGAAUGACACCUAGGGAUGAUGCUGAAAGUCAGACUAGGAAACAAAGUCUUACCUCAGAGUUGGUCAUAAGCACCUCAUGAAGCCUCCUACAGUCACUUUUCUUUUACAUCUUUGUGGUUGCAAAAUACUUGGAACUGUUAAAUUAAAGUAUCUUUUUCUAGUGGUUGUUAGUUACAUUCAGAAGAGGCUGGAUUAGAUUUAAUGCAGGAAAACAGCAGCAGCUUCACUUAUGGGUGCAUGAUAAUCUAAUUUAUGCAUGUUAAGGCUCAAUUUUUUUUUUGCCAAAACUAAUAAAAAGCACUAAAAUGACUGUUUAUCCGCUUUUUUUUUUUUCCCCACAACUAUGGUUCAAGCUAGCGCUGUAUCAUGAACUGAUCCGUCAGUGCGCCUGUUUAUUUCUCUAUAAUUACUUCAUAUAGACUAAAUGUGAAUGUGCCUUGACUACAGUAAUCAUUUAGACAGUACAUUUGCCACGUUCAGGAAACUCCUUACAGAUAAAACACUGUUACUCCUACAGCUAAACGUAGAACCAAAUAAUCCUCAUUAAAAUUGUAGGCUGCGUAGGUUAGGACUGGGUUCCUCCCUCUGGAUGCUUGAUAAAUAUGGACCCUGGUCAUCUUGUCUUUACUUUUAUUUAUUUUUUUAUUUUUUUUGUGCAAACUGUUAGCCCCCUGCCAAUGUACAAUAUUGACAUUUGUUUACUCAGGCUUAGAAAAAGUGUUUAAUUUAAAACAAAUCUAUAAAGAGAGAGACUUUGUGUAGAUAGUAAAACAUUGUCUGGGUUAAAAAACAAGUGAAUUAUUUUCAUAUAUCAUUUAAUCUUUAAGAUAAUGAUUUAGGACUAAGUUAUUCCUCCAAGUUGACAUUUUAAAAUUCAAGGACUGAGCAUAAAAAAAACAACUUUUCUUCAACCUUGUCCAUAAGACUCCUUUCGCUAUGGAUAAAUGUUGCUGCAUUUAAUUUGUUUGUAAAAUAUUUUUGACACCUGAUGUACUGGAAACGCUAAAGAAUUGGACCUGCAUUUUUCAGUAAAUAAGAUGAGGCAUACACUGGUAUAUCUGUCCGCACAGGGUACUUUAUUUCAUAGGGUUCCUUGGGGGAAGAAUUUUGAUACAAACCAUAGUACAAAAUAUGUACCUUUGUAUUUUUAUGACAAUACUGAUGAUAUCUUUCAUCAUACAAAACCAAUUUUGGAUGAUCUGACACCAACCAUGUUCUAAGAUGGGGGGGUUUGGCCACUAAAAUGUGUGUUGUUCUGGAAUACUCAUCUCAGGGUGCAAGUGGUGUGAAAGAGAACAGGCCUAUUUUAGUUUGUAUAUUACCACACUUAAUUCAAUGUUUGGAACGGUGCUUGUCGGCCACACGGGAUGACUCGAGCAACCGGCUGCAGAUUCUUCCUGCAGCCUUCUGUCCACCUUCGCCUGAGGGGCCACGGACAGGGGAAGGAGGUGGAAAUGUUAACUCACAAUGUUCUCUGAGGAACGAGUUGGUUUUCCUUGUUUUACAGAUGACAAAAUAGCAGCUAGGAUUGCAUACAAAGUGAGAAAUUGACAAGAAGUGGAAUCAUCUGAGGGAUUUGUUCUGUAGCUUCUUCCUGUAAUGGGAAUGAAUGUUUUUUCCAUCUGUUUUAUGGAUUAUUAUUUUUUUAUCUUUAACAUUUGGAAAUAAAAGUACUUCAUGUCUGUUUAUCUUGCGCAUUUUAAAUGGAUAUUGUGAUUGGAUUUACAUUUGAAACUUGUCGAGUAAUGUGUAUGGUUUUUAAAAAUA